GCCGCAGCGGGCGCCAGUGGCGCACGUGGCUCCGGACUCCGGCGCGCCGCACGGACCCGCCAGGUCGAAAACGUGCACCUUUGUGGAUCCAUCGGCUGCCAAAGGUCGCGAUGCACGCGAUUCGGGCGUGUAAUGCGCUGUUUUGCGGCGAUUGACUCCUAUUGAGCGGCGGGCAGGAGCCGGCGAAGGUCGCCCCCCUCCAGCGCCCUCCUCCUCGGCCGGCUCCGCGGCCGUGCGGAGAGGCCCCGUGACGUACACCCGUGUUACUAUGCAGACUGCGGCCGCUGAUAGUCGCCAUGUCACUUGUGCAACAUCACUGCAGCUUCGGCGGAGGAGACUCUUGGAAUAAACCGCUGCCACGUCGUCCGCUGCCCUGGGAUAAAGCAGCAGGGUGUAAAUUGGACGCGUACAAGUCGCAGUUUCGGCGGCGGUGUGGCAUGGACCGUUGUGCUGUACAGGCUGCAGUCAUUCGACGCGCAGGAUUCAGUGUCGAUGACUCCAUCCAUCAGUGUCGCAUAUUUUGCAAGGAACGAGGCAGUUCUGGGUGUGUAAUAAGGAGGAAAGGUAAGCAGACAUUUCUUUGGCUGCUGGUUUGUCCCGACUGCAAGAAGAAACGACGUAGCCGCUGCUCUUAUGUAGGGCAGAGAGCGCCACCCGGCAAGAUUGCAUUCCGGACCUCCUUACUCCCGCUGGCUUGUGGCACAUUUAUAGCCCGCUGGCGGGCCGGCGCAACCUCUGCAUCCUCUGCCGGAAUGGAUGUCCGCCGCUGUAAUGAGAACGGCCGUCGCGUCAGCUGGCUUUUUCAGCCACGACUCACGCAUCGCGCAGCGGUCGCGGUAACAACAUUCCUUCCACUGAAUUCGCGAUGGAAGAAUGAGUCUACAUUUGAUUUUACGUUCAUUUGGGAAGGUAGUGAUGGUGACUUUUUGAAAUGUAGUAUUUUAUCAUAA